AUAGGAUUCGGAUGCAGGAUCUAGAUGCCAAACCGAGAUGUUCCUUCACGCAGCUCGCGGGAGGACCGUGCGGGAUGCGCGCGCGGGAUCACGCAUGCAAGCAGGAGAAAUCACUUCGGAGGCAGCGCACGUGCCGGCGACUAAAAACCCUCUGCAGCUCAUCUUCACUGAGAAAUUGUGAGGUCCUUCACUGGUUGGUUGACGCGAAUCAGCAUGGGGAGCGGUUUGUCCGUGGUGGGACCGAUCCAGUCGCUCCACGUGGUGAUGCUCGGGCUGGACUCGGCAGGAAAGACCACGGUUCUGUACCGCCUCAAGUUUAACGAGUUUGUCAACACGGUUCCGACCAUCGGCUUCAACACGGAGCGCGUACGCCUGAACGACGGCGCGGCACGGGGGAUCAGCUGCCACGUGUGGGACGUGGGAGGCCAAGAGAAGCUGCGUCCUCUCUGGAAGUCGUACAGCCGCUGCACGGACGGCAUCGUGUACGUGGUGGACUCGGUGGACGGUGAACGCCUGGACGAAGCCAAAGCGGAGCUGCACAAAGUGGUGCGACUCGCCGAGAACCAGGGGGCGCCACUGCUGAUCAUCGCCAACAAGCAGGACCUGCCCGGGUCGCUGCCCACCUCCGACGUGGAGAAGAAGCUCGCGCUGAGAGAGCUCGGACCCUCCACGCCGUACCACGUGCAACCCGCCUGCGCCAUCACCGGAGAGGGACUGCACGAGGGCAUGGACAAGCUGUACCACAUGAUCACCAGGCGCAGGAAGACACUGAAACAGAAGAAAAAAACAUAAAUGGGUGCAGACGCACUUUUUAUACUGGGCGAGAAAACGUGUUUAUACAAUGAACCAAAGAUGAACUUCACAUAGGAUUGAACUUCACUCAGGAAGAAAGAAAGAGAAUGAAGACGGAAGUAAAGAUCAGAUUCUCAGAACCUAUGGAAAUUGAAUGCUUUCUCACUUCCAGAUCUGAUCUUCUGGAUCUCCAGAUGUUCUCAGUAUUUUAAUGGGGUUUUCGGUUUGUUUUGAAUCUUUUACAUUUGUUUUGCAUUUCCCUCAUUUUCAUUUACUGUUUUCUGAAAUGUUCCAUUUUUGUAGGACAUCAAGGAAGAAUCAUAUUAUAGAUGUUUUUUGGUUAAACAGAAGUUAUAGAAUAAAUGUUUUUAUGUAAUAAAUAUGCAGAAUAUUAUUGUUAUAAAAAAUAUAGAAGUCACAAAAAAUCUUAAAAAGAAUAAAUAUAAAGAUAUAAAAAUAUUUGAAUGCAUUUUGGAGUAAAAGAUAGACAGAUAUAUAAAAGUCUGGGUGUGUAGGGACGCUGUAGAGCCAAAAGCUUGUGGACCCCCGAGUGUAAGGUCCACACUUAGUCUCCAUUUGCAGCAGUAAUGAGCUCCAGUCUUCUGAGAUUUUGUGUGUUAGUAAAGGCAGGUACUGAAGCAGCUGAGAAGGUGAGGAGGCCUGGGGUUCAUAAUUAGACCUCUAUAGCAGGAGAUCUUUCACAUCAGAAAGCAGAUCUUUAUAGGUUUAGCGUCAGUGCACAUGUAGCGUUUUCAGCUUCUAUAUUUAGCGAUUAUGCGAUGAGGAAGACGUGCUCUGAGUAAUGAAGCUGAAGUGAAGAACAGGUUGCUCUGGCACAGAGCUCGUUUCUGCUGCUGUCGCUUCGGGCGAGAACAUAGUCCAUGAUCCUCGUUCUAGACUAUAAUAGAAUCGAAUAUUUCAAGAAGAAACACCAUUAUACUUGCAGAUGUGGAAUAAAAGCAGGCAGGUUCCUGCAGUGUUCUGAAGAAGCAUCUGUUCCUGAACGUCUACAGCUUUUAUAUGAAUCCCAUUAGAUAACAUGAUAGAACUCCAAACCUGAACCAGGAUCAGAGAUGAAGCAAGAGCAGAUGUGUUCCAUAUGUUACAACAUUUACGAGUCCCAUCCUGAAUGUCUUUCAAGUGAAGUUCCUCUGAGGUUUCUCAUCACCUGAUUGAUGGGCACCUGUGCAGCUUUGUGGCUCUGGUUCAGUAUAGAAAUGUGUUCUGAUAUUAUCCUUUUUACAGAAUUAUUUAUUAACUGGGAGAAAGAUGAAUAUUUUACUGUUUCAAUCUUCUGAAAUAAAACCUUCUCCAUUCACA